AAUCGAGAUUAUGAUUUUUGCCAUAAUCGAGCAGCCCUACCUUGUAUCCACAGCACUAAAUGGCUCAUACAGUUCAUAUUUCAUCAUAAGUCGGACAAAACAAUCAAUUUUCUCCAUCUAUUUUCAGCUAUGUGUUUUUAUGUUAUCCUUUCCAUGGGGUACACUUGCUUGAUUAGAUCCCUCCAUGUCUGUGUUUGUGGCUUGUAUGUUGAACAGGAAAACAAAUUGUAGUGGUGCCACAAUCCAGAGGUGGACCACCCUUAAAUCCUCUGCGUAAUAAAUAAUUAUUUGAAAAAUAAUUGCAUAUGACCUCAAACUAUAGCUGUCGUGUGUAGCUUUAUGAAAGCCAUUCACCACUGUGAUGACCCCUGACCUUUGUGACGGGGCAUUAUGAGACGGGGAUUGUUUAAUGUCAGUGGUAGGGGGGGAUUAAGUGAAGCGUGCAGAUUUCCUGUCAGAGCAGAGAUCUAAGCAGCUCACUCUUUUAUCCUGCACAUCUGAUGUCUUGUGUUACAUGAUAUUCUAUUCUGUGGGAGUCGGUGACAACACUGAUCACAUGCCAUGUUUCCUGUCUGGUUCUCUUACCUACAGGCUCAUCUGGCGUGCUGACAGUUGGUGGUGCUGUGGUCUGAGGCCCUGACUCAUCCCUUCAUGUUUCCUGUAUGAUCAUUUGUAAAACUUAAAAAAAUGAACAAAUCUUCUGUUCAUUUUCCUCUUCUUUAACCACCAAGCUCUUUUUGCCUUCGUAAAAAGGUCAUAGCUUUCAAAAAAUGGAUUCUGUAAACAUCAGCAAACACAACAACGGUUCGUUCCCUUGCUGAGAGGUGAAACCAGACGGAGCAACAAAGUGAAAAAGUUAAUGAUUACAAAAUUAGUACUUUUUUAUGCAAAACUGCCCAUGUCUGACGGGCCAGUCAUCCUGGGCAAACACACACUAACAGUUUAUUUCCACCAUGUUUAUGCAAUGAAUGGGGCCUUAUGGAGGUUCUAAUGCCUAGGUUUUGUGUUGUCAUGGAAAGUCUUAAAGUCUAAUGAUGUAGAUCUGUUCACAGUACCGUAGUCACUCAACAAGACAAAUCGGCCAAGUGUCCAUUUUGCACAGUGACAUUUCUUAUCAUGUCCUCAUGAUAUUGUGCUAAAACAUUGCUGAUGAUGGUUGGUUGUGCAACCAUCUGAUAUGAUAUCUGUCUCUCUCUCGGUUAGCAAACCCUUCAUGUCAGUUAAAGCAGUGUGUAGCAGGCAACUGAAGGCGCAACACACAUUUACUUUAUUUACUUUUCCAGACAUGUCAUUUUAGAUUCCCAUGCUCUAUGUGGCUUGAUUAUGUGGAGCCACAGUUCAGAUUGGUUGUCAUGGUUUUCGUCAGACAACUUACCUUCAUAUCACACUUCUGCUUUUGACAGCAAAAACAGAUAUAUUCAGACUCAAAAAGGUUUUGGUCCACCAAAUACCUCGGGUCUCAGAGCGACAGACUUUUUAAAUAAUAAAUACAAAUCCUAUCAAGCCUAGGAGAAUCAGAGUGUGACUCUGAAUGAGCCCUGCCCUGAUCAGACCCUGUGUUAUUAUGCUCCCAUGUAAUCUGAUCACAAGUGGGCAGCUCUGUUUACAGGUGAAUGCAUUGGGGGACUGUCACUCAGACCACGCUUUAGCAGUGUGUCCCCUGGGCCAAAUUGAAGGCUUCGAACACAAAGUCUGCCAUUCCUCUAUUUCAAAACAAUAGUAUUUAAAAAGUAUUUCCCAUGUGAGAGAAUGAAUGAAUGAAUGUUGUGUUUUGGAUGGAGAAAAGUGCGCCAAUUGGCACACGGACAUGAAGAGUGAUUUUGAUGACACAACACAGAGUGUGUGUGAGUGUGUUUUGUGAGAAGUGCAGGAGACGAAAAGCAGGACAAGCUGCUGUCUGAGCAACAUUCUUGCUAGUUUUAGUUAUAUACGUUUUAGAGCGAGGAGAAACAAGAGGAUCUCCCUGUGUUUGCAAAUGAGCCUGAACACCUGAGGCAUGAGAUAAAGAAGGGUAAAGUUACACUCCUGGUGAACAUUCUUUGUAAGUUAAUAACUAGGAGAGCUCACAUUACAUGAAUAGGUUAUUGUCAAUUCCAAACGCUUGUUAUUUCUUAACAUUCAUUUUCUGAAUGAAUAAAGAUUUAAUUCUUUGAAAACACGCAAAGACAGGAAGUAAAAACAAUGACCAAAAGGAAAACAGGAACCAGAUAAACCAAAAUAUUAGGAUCUUGGCACCAACUGACUUUUGAGGAAGCAGCACUGCAUCAGGAAUUCAUUGAUCUCAUUGAACAGGAUGGUUAAAGCAUGCAAAUGUAUAUUUUAUAAUGGAAAACACUUAAUUUGGACAGUCCUACAAAUGAGAGAUGAUCAUUUGUGACAAUUGUUGUACAUACCUACUUGUUCUACUCACUGAACAUCUGCUGUAUAACUGAGCAUAGGAUGUGUGAGUAGUUCAGGUUCGACUAAAAUGUGCAAAGUGUUUGUAGAUAUGUUCACGAAUGGUCACAUGUCCUCUAUAGAUAAUCCAACUCUUUAUAGGACUAUCUAAGUAAAGUUUAUCAUUUGUAUUAUGGAAACAAUUGACGAUGCCAUUUAAGGAACAUUUUUUAAACAGAAAAGCCUGUUUGUCCCUUCAGCAUUUCUAAAGGAGGAUUUGAACAAAAGAUCUGGACUAUCAUCAAUUAUCAUGAAAACCAUCUUCUGUUGUACGGAUCUCAAAGCAUCAUCAGAAGACGGAAGGGGAAAGGCGAUGAUAUGUCUUUACCAUAUAGAUUCUUAGAUACCACAUAUCAUUUUUAGCACUAUCCAUAUCUGCAGACAUGAUGGAUUUCUUCUUCCGUGGCCGUCAGAAGAAACCGAAGCAUGGCGCUGCUCUUCAGACCAGCAAAGCCAGGAGGCGCUCUAGUGCGGGUCUGCCUUCUGCGGCGUUGGUUCAGUCCAGACGCUCCUCGGUGGGCUUACCUCCGGUCUGUGCUGAGCAGCGCCGGCGCCCCAGUGUGGGCUCAUUGGUGGCUACUGGACAGAGGCGCCACUCCAUCAUAGAGGUAGGUUUAACAAGUGAAGCAGAGGAAGGAUCUGGAAGAGGAACUGAGAGAGCAGAUGGAGUCAUCACGAGAGGAAGGCGGGGGUUUCAGUACAAACCUCACCAUGCUCGUGGUGGCGUUCAGCGUGGGAUGGCACUGCGAUAUCGACGUCCUUCUAGAAUCAAAUCUAUUGAAUCUCAUUUAUUCGGAUCCUCUUUGUUACUUGCAAGUGUAGUCCAGAUGGGUAGAGAAGUGAAGGAAGAUGAAGAGGAGGACACCUCUUCCUGUUCGGAGUCUGAUGGAGAGGAAGGGAGUGAGGAACGGGAUAUGAGCUUGAGGACUACACAUUGGUACUUAACCCAGGCAGACAUUAUGGAGAACAUUAAGCCCCACCCCUUGCUCCGCCCCCCUCGCUGCCUGAGACGAAACUCCUCCCACCCCCUUCCAGACUCAGGUUAUGGGGUUUACGGACGGUAUAAUCGACGUGGGUCAAGUCAAGUUCAGUGGACAGAGAAGAUGAAACAGAUCCAGACCUCCACGACCAGCCCCAGCCUGGGUCAGGGGGGUGCUGCUCCAAUAAACAGGGCCCGCUAUGGCUCCACUCUCCAGAAAAGCACCUCUUCACCACUAGGGGGGCCCGAGGGAGCCAUAUACUAUGACCCUUAUCUGGAAACAUGGGAGAACUUCCUGACGAAAGCCAUAGCUAAGUCAGGCCUGCACACGCUGCCCUGCCAGCCCAGCACAUCCUCCCUGACCAGAACCGACUCAGAGGCACACAUCCGCAGCACUUUGGACUGGACUGAGGCGGCUCAGUAUGGAGAUCAUAUCUGGUAUGAGACCAAUGCAUCUGGAGACUACUGUUAUGUGGGGGAACAACACUGUAUAGCCAGAGCACUGCAAAAGUCUGUGAGUCGCAGGAAGUGUGCAGCGUGUAAGAUCGUGGCCCACACCAUCUGUAUAGAACAACUGGAGAAGUUCCCCACAUCUAGAGCCAUUCUGUUGGAUGCCACCCUGCCCCUCAAUGACCCAGACUUUAGAAUUAAUUUCAGGUGUAAGCCGUCUUUCAGAGAAUCCGGCUCGAGGAACAUCCGCGAGCCCGCUGUGGUGCGUCAUCACUGGGUGCAUCGGAGAAGGCAAGAAGGCAAAUGUAAACAAUGUGGGAAAGGAUUCCAGCAGAAGUUUGCGUUCCACAGUAAAGACAUCGUGGCCAUCAGCUGCUCCUGGUGCAAACAGGCUUACCACAACAAGGUGUCCUGUUUCAUGCUGCAGCAGAUUGAGGAGGCUUGCCCAAUAGGAGCUCACGCUGCACUCAUAGUCCCGCCCACAUGGAUCAUUCGCGUCCGACGCCAUCAGUCAUCUAUGAAGUCCAGUAAAAAGAAGAAGAGAACAUCAUUCAAGAGGAAAAGCAGCAAGAAAGGAGCAGAGGAAGGACGGCAGUGGAAACCCUUUUUAAUCAGACCCAUCCCCUCACCGCUGAUGAAACCUCUGCUGGUGUUUGUCAACCCCAGAAGUGGAGGGAACCAGGGCACUAAGAUCAUGCAGUCCUUCAUGUGGUAUCUGAACCCCAGGCAGGUGUUUGACCUGAGCCAGGGAGGACCACAGGAGGGUUUGGAGCUGUAUCGACGAGUGCACAACCUGAAAAUCCUGGCCUGUGGGGGGGAUGGAACUGUGGGCUGGAUCCUCUCUUGUCUCGAUGAGCUGGCGAUAAAUCCUCAACCUCCUGUUGCUGUGUUACCACUGGGGACAGGAAAUGACCUCGCCAGGACCCUCAACUGGGGAGGGGGCUACACAGACGAGCCCCUGUCUAAGAUUCUGUCCCAUGUGGAGGAUGGGACUGUUGUCCAGCUGGACAGGUGGAAUCUACAGGUUGAACCAAACCACAGUGCAGGGGCUGAACCCGACGAACAGCAGACUGAUAAGCUCCCUCUAGAUGUUUUCAACAAUUACUUCAGUCUUGGAUUUGAUGCCCAUGUGACUCUGGAGUUUCACGAGUCAAGAGAGGCCAACCCAGAGAAGUUCAACAGUCGUUUCAAAAACAAGAUGUUCUAUGCUGGGACAGCGUUCUCAGAUUUUCUGAUGGGAAGCUCCAAAGACCUGUCAAAGCACAUCAGAGUGGUGUGUGACGGGACAGAUUUGACCUCAAAGGUUCAGGACUUGAAGCUGCAGUGUCUGGUGUUCCUCAACAUCCCCAGAUACUGUGCAGGCACCACACCAUGGGGUAACCCCGGAGACCAUCACGACUUCGAGCCUCAGCGCCAUGAUGACGGAUACAUCGAGGUCAUCGGGUUUACUAUGACCUCACUGGCUACUCUCCAGGUCGGAGGUCAUGGUGAGAGGUUGAACCAGUGCAGAGAAGUCACCCUGACAACUACCAAACCACUGCCAGUACAGGUGGACGGUGAGCCGUGCAGACUGGCUCCCUCUGUCAUCACCAUCAGCCUGAGAAACCAGGCCAACAUGAUCCAGAAGACCAAACGCAGGACCUCACUGCCACACCUCAAUGAUCAGCAGCCGGUGCCUGAGAGGCUGAGGAUCCGAGUGAGCAGGAUCAGCAUGACUGACUACGAGGCUCUGCACUACGACAAGGACAAACUACGGCAAGCAUCCAUUCCUCUGGGACUCAUCGUGGUGUCUGGUGACAGCGACUUAGAGACCUGCAGAGAACACAUCCAGCGUUUACAAGAGGAGGAGGCCGCCAAGCCAAAGAGUGUUUCCUCGCAGAGACUAUCUCCAAAGUGGUGUUUCCUUGACUCUACAACAGCAGAUCGCUUCUACAGGAUAGACAGAGCACAGGAACAUCUGAACUACGUAUCAGAAAUCUCCCAAGAAGAGAUCUUCAUCCUGGACCCUGAACUGGUAGUCAUGACAACGGUUGGCACCUCCCCCUCACCCUCAGCUAUGCCGGACCUGGUUACCCCCGCCUCCGGCCUGGUGAACAGCAGAGAAAGCACCUCUAGUCAGUCCUCCAACCAGGUGUUUGUGUACCCCAUCACCUCCACCUCCACCCCCCCUUCACCCUCUGCUCCCAGCAGCUCUUCCCAGAGGCAGCGAGUGAACAGUGACAGCUCUGCAGCUGAAGCUCUGACACACAGCGCUGCACCUGUGGCCAGUAAGCUCAGCAGGGCGGGUUGCAUCCAUCGUUCCAACACCACUGCUGCUGAUUUCAAACCAAGACUGAGACAGGAGAAGAUCCAGAAGACAAGCGAGACUGAGAGGGAGCGAGAAACAGAGAUGUUGAUCGAGUGUGUGAAGAACAAGGAUGAGAAGAAGCUGCAGGAGCUGCACCUGAAGGGGGCGGAGCUUACGGUGAUUGACGCGACAGGCUGCAGUCUGCUGCACCACGCCGUCUCUGCAGGAAGCAAGGAGAUGGUCCGCUACAUCCUGGACAAUGCUCCCAGUGAUCUGCUCGAUGUCACAGAAAAUCAGCAUGGGGAGACGGUUCUGCAUCGUGCUGCCUCUCUGUGCCACAGGACCAUCUGCCAUUACCUGGUGGAAGCAGGAGCCUCGCUGAUGAAGACAGACCUGCAGGGCGAGACUCCGAAGAACCGGGCUGAGAAGGCUCAGGACUCUGAGCUGGCCGCCUACCUGGAGAACAGACAGCACUACCAGAUGAUCCAGAGAGAGGACCAGGAGACGGCCGUCUGACGGACCCUUUAUGAGCAGGAUGAAGACACUUCCUCAUGAGACUGACAGCCGCUCGCUGAUGGCGGGAUACCAUUCUGCUUUCCAGGAAAUGACUCGUCAGCAGACUGCGAGGGAAGCUGUGCCAAACGCGAUCGCAGCGGGGUAAUGCAGGUAACCAGAGGAGAUGUAAAUGAAGUCAUUCCUUUUCAUUUUGAGACGCUCAGUAAUCAAAAGUGUUUGUGAAGUCGAGAAAAAAAAAGAGACAAUUUUUCUGACUCAUUCAAUUUGAAAGACUCGUUCUUCAAAGUUCUUUCAUAUCAAACACAUUCAAAAGACUCCUUCCUGAAACCAGAAGUGAUCAUCUGCCAUAUGUGAGUCAUAGUGUGGAGUUCUGAGGAGGAGGUGAGGUGAUGUCAUGGUGGAACAACACUCAGGAAAUGUCAUUUAUUCCACACAACCAUGGAGACUGCAUCACAUUCCUGACCAAAAGGAAGGUGAGAUUCUGAAAUAUCCUGCGUGUAGUGAAUGUGGCGCUAGAUGAAAGUUAAUUGAACAUGUUAAUUGAGUGUUGUCCCGGUGGUUAAAGGACCAAAGACAAAGGUCAAGGGGUCAAAACACUUCAUAGAUAUCCGAUCACUGGCUUUUGAAAUACCUUGCCGUGGACCAAAGAUGUGUGCAUGAUGGAGUUCAGCUCAGAGCCAAUCAGAAGGCUUCAUAAACAUCAGGUUUCAUGAUUCACUCGCACCCUGACGCUGAGCUCCAUCAUGGCUGAUAAACAAAGCUGUGUGAUUAUUCCAUAUGUUGUGAACCUGCUUACCUUACCUGCAUGACUUUUUUAAUAUUUUGUACAUAUAUGAUGUUGACUUAUCUCAUCUUCUAAUAGAGAUAACUAUUAUUUAUAAUAAUCAAUGUCAUGUUUUUCUGGUGCCUGUGCUGAAGAAUUUGAUAUCUGAGAAUGUCAAAUGACAUCAAGUGUGUGUGUGUGAUUAAAAGGAAAACAUAUAUUGUUAAUGUAUAUUAAGAUCGUUGUAUUAGAAUCAGAUCAUUUUGAUUAUUCCACGUGCCAAACUUCAAAGCUUGUUUACAUGAAGAUCAUUGACAUUUGAAAUAGUGAUGAGUUCAACACUGUCAGGAUCGUGGGAUUUUUGGACGUCCUAACUUUGUGUGUAAUAAGGUUGUUAAAGAUUUUGUGAUCACUUAAUAGAAUAAACUCUGGAAUAAAAAGCAAACAAAAAUAUCUAGUUUACGGAAGAGGAUUAGGGCCACACGUGACCAACAGUAAACAAUGUUUUUGAGGUAUGACCUUAAUCUCAGGAUUCUGAGGAAAGAAAUAGCCUUUUUUUUUUUUUACUUUAAUUUCAGAAUCCCACAUCCCAACAUUCCUUCCCCUGGCCCUAAUCCUCUCCGUACUAGUUGAGCUGUUUUGUUCGGCCUGUGAGUUUUAGCAUUGACAUGUGUCUUCAGAUUAGCUUAGCAUUGGCUCUUGCUUGUACUGCUAGCAUUGAUGUUUAGCAGCUUUUAUGUUAUUAACAUCUGAGGCCAAUCCAGUUGAUCUCUCAUGUUUAUGGCAGUUUUUGUUAAACACAUUGGUGUAAUUGUUAAAAAAUAUAAUUUUCUAUUUUGUUUUCAAAUGUGUUGAUAUUUGUAUAAUUUGUUUUUGAGAUGAAUAUGAAGAUAAUAAAAGAAGGCAGUUUAUUUGA